UGCCGUGCUCUCCUUGCCGACAACGUCUCCAGAUGCUCUGCCCCGCUCCCCCGCGAAGGCUCUAUAUGCUGUGUGGCGCAUAACGACGCGUACUCGGUCAGCUACCUCAAGUACAAGAGCGUUUCGAAAGAAGCCAACGACCUCCGUAAGCACGUACAGCUCCGUCGUGGCGAGGUGAGCGGCCUGGCGCUCGAGCAAGUGCUUGAGAGGAUCAGUGGAAUACAUGCGUACCUCGACACCACCACCGAGGAGCUGGCUUUGCGACGGGAGCAUGAUCGAAGGUUCAUUGGUACUCCCGACUCUGGACACCAGUUUCGCCUCGAAAAGCUAGAACAGCAACAACGAAGCGCGCGCGACCUACUCCGCAUGCUUGAAACUCGGACGCGAGUUUUG